UCAGCGUCAUCCUGGAACAAGUUUCCCACAAGCCUGGAGAGGCUCAUCACAUGAGUGGGAAGCCGGGUGGGUUUGAUGUCAAAGCUCUGAGAGCCUUCCGUGUCCUGAGACCUCUGCGCCUCGUCUCUGGUGUCCCUAGCCUGCACAUUGUCUUGAACUCUAUCAUGAAAGCCAUGGUGCCCCUCCUGCACAUUGCGCUGCUUGUCCUUUUCGUCAUCAUCAUCUAUGCUAUCAUUGGCUUGGAGCUCUUUAUCGGCCGCAUGCACAAGACCUGCUUCAUCGUUGGUUCAGACCUGGAGGCUGAGGAAGACCCAUCGCCUUGUGCCUUCUCUGGGCAUGGCCGGGAAUGCUUGACGAACAAUAGUGAGUGCCGUGGGAAGUGGGAAGGACCCAAUGGUGGCAUCACCAACUUCGACAACUUCUUUUUUGCCAUGCUGACUGUCUUCCAGUGCAUCACCAUGGAAGGUUGGACCGAUGUGCUCUACUGGAUGCAGGAUGCCAUGGGUCAUGAGCUGCCCUGGCUCUACUUUGUCAGCCUUGUCAUCUUUGGCUCCUUCUUCGUGCUCAAUCUGGUUUUGGGUGUGCUGAGUGGAGAAUUUUCCAAGGAGCGAGAGAAGGCAAAGGCCCGGGGUGACUUCCAAAAGUUACGGGAGAAGCAGCAGAUGGAGGAAGACCUGAAGGGCUAUUUGGAUUGGAUCACGCAGGCCGAAGACAUAGAGCCUGACGAGGAAGGGGACGAGGCAGACGAGAAGCACACUCGCGUGACUGUGGCGGACCUGACGGAGAAGAAGAAGAAGAAAUGGUUCAGAUACAGCAGUCACCCCACCGACACCCACACCAGUCUCCCUGCCAGUGAAACCACCUCAGUGAAUACGGAGAAUGUUGGGGAGGAAGAGCAUCACCAGAACAAUUGCUGCGAUGUGUGUUUAGGCAAGCUCUCCAAGACCAAAUUUGGCCGCCGAGUGCGACGCAUCAAUCGUCUCUUCCGGAAGAAAUGUCGCCUGGCUGUCAAAUCUGUCUCUUUCUACUGGAUGGUUCUGCUCCUUGUCUUUCUCAACACUCUCACAAUUGCCUCUGAGCAUUACAAUCAGCCCGACUGGCUCACGCAAAUCCAAGCUUAUGCUAACAAAGUACUGUUAUCGCUGUUCACCAUGGAGAUGCUGUUGAAGAUGUACAGCCUGGGACUACAGGCCUAUUUUGUCAGCUUCUUCAACCGCUUUGAUUGUUUUGUGGUAUGUGGUGGAAUCCUGGAGACUGUCUUGGUAGAGUUUGAGAUCAUGCAACCUCUUGGAAUCUCUGUGCUUCGCUGUGUCCGCCUCUUACGGAUCUUCAAAGUCACCAGGCACUGGGCCUCGCUGAGCAACCUCGUGGCCUCCUUGCUGAACUCCAUGAAGUCCAUCGCGUCCUUGCUGCUCUUGCUUUUCCUCUUCAUUAUCAUCUUCUCAUUGCUGGGCAUGCAGCUUUUUGGGGGCAAGUUCAACUUUGAUGAGACCCAGACCAAGCGCAGUACUUUUGACACUUUCCCCCAGGCCUUGCUCACAGUCUUCCAGAUCCUGACAGGGGAGGACUGGAAUGCGGUGAUGUAUGAUGGGAUCAUGGCCUAUGGUGGCCCCUAUUUCCCAGGUAUGCUGGUCUGUGUCUAUUUCAUCAUCCUCUUCAUUUGCGGCAACUAUAUUCUGCUCAAUGUCUUCUUGGCCAUUGCUGUGGACAAUCUGGCAGAUGGCGACAACAUCAAUACCUCCAAGGAGGGGGAACACAAGGAAAAAGAGGCACCAGCAGAGGGGGAGCAGAGCAAUGAGAAAGAAGAAGAGAAAAAUGUGAAGGUGGAAUGUGGGGAGGAAGAGGAGGAGGAAGUAGAGGAAGGCAGUGAAGAAGCAGGUGAGGAGGAAGAGGAAGAAGAGGCAGAAGGAGAUCAGCAGAGCUUGGCAGAGUCUCACCUAGACAAACUGGAGGAAACCCCCGCAGAGAAGGUGUUACCAAUUCCUGAUGGAAGUUCCUUCUUCUGCCUUAGCAAGACAAAUCCGCUUCGUGUUGGGUGCCACAAAUUGAUCCAUCACCACAUUUUCACCAAUCUCAUCCUUGUCUUCAUCAUCCUCAGCAGCAUCUCCCUGGCAGCAGAGGACCCUAUCCGAGCACACUCUUUCCGCAACAAUAUUCUGGGAUACUUUGAUUAUGCCUUCACUUCUAUCUUCACUGUUGAGAUCCUACUCAAGAUGACCGCUUACGGCGCCUUCCUGCACAAAGGCUCCUUCUGCCGGAACUGGUUCAAUCUCCUUGAUCUGCUGGUUGUCAGUGUCUCACUCAUCUCCUUUGGCAUCCACUCCAGUGCCAUCUCUGUGGUGAAGAUCUUGCGAGUGCUGAGGGUGCUGCGCCCUCUCCGAGCCAUCAACCGGGCCAAGGGGCUGAAGCACGUGGUUCAGUGUGUGUUUGUGGCCAUCCGCACCAUUGGGAACAUCAUGAUAGUCACCACCCUGCUGCAGUUCAUGUUUGCUUGCAUCGGUGUUCAGCUCUUCAAGGGCAAGUUCUACAGCUGCACAGAUGAGGCCAAGCACACUCCGUAUGAAUGCAAGGGCACAUUCAUUGUCUACAAGGAUGGAGAUGUGGCUCACCCAAUGGUGCGGGAGCGUGCCUGGCUCAACAGUGACUUCAACUUUGACAAUGUUUUGUCGGGCAUGAUGGCCCUUUUCACUGUCUCUACUUUUGAAGGCUGGCCAGCGCUACUUUACAAGGCUAUCGAUGCCAAUGCAGAAAACGAGGGGCCCAUCUACAACUACCGGGUGGAGAUCUCCAUCUUCUUCAUUGUCUACAUCAUCAUCAUUGCCUUCUUCAUGAUGAAUAUCUUCGUGGGUUUUGUCAUCAUCACUUUCCGAGCGCAGGGAGAACAGGAAUACAAGAACUGUGAGCUGGACAAGAACCAGCGGCAGUGCGUGGAAUAUGCCCUGAAGGCCCAGCCGUUACGGCGCUACAUCCCCAAGAACAAAUAUCAGUAUAAAUUCUGGUACAUGGUCAACUCCACCGGUUUUGAAUACAUCAUGUUUGUGCUCAUCAUGCUUAACACCAUUGCACUGGCUGUGCAGCACUACGAACAGUCCCAGCCCUUCAACUAUGUCAUGGACCUGCUCAACAUGGUCUUCACAGGCCUCUUCACUGUCGAGAUGGUGCUGAAGAUCAUUGCCUUCAAGCCCAAGCACUACUUCUGUGAUGCAUGGAACACCUUUGAUGCUCUGAUCGUGGUCGGGAGUGUAGUUGACAUCGCAGUCACUGAAGUCAACAAUGGAGGUCAUGUUGGAGAGAGCUCGGAGGACAGCUCUCGCAUCUCCAUCACCUUCUUCCGCCUCUUCCGUGUCAUGCGCCUGGUCAAGUUGCUCAGCAAAGGGGAGGGCAUCCGCACCCUGCUCUGGACCUUCAUCAAAUCCUUCCAGGCUUUGCCAUAUGUUGCCCUUCUUAUUGCCAUGAUCUUCUUCAUCUACGCAGUCAUCGGUAUGCAGACCUUUGGCAAAGUGGCCAUGCAGGACGGUACGCCAAUCAACCGCAACAACAACUUCCAGACCUUCCCGCAGGCGGUGCUGCUGCUCUUCAGGUGUGCAACAGGGGAAGCCUGGCAGGAGAUCAUGCUGGCCAGUUUGCCUGGCAAACGCUGUGACCCCGAGUCCGACUAUGAGCCUGGCGAGGAGUUCACUUGUGGCAGCAACUUUGCCAUUGUCUACUUCAUCAGCUUCUUCAUGCUCUGCGCCUUCUUGAUCAUCAACCUCUUUGUUGCUGUCAUCAUGGAUAAUUUUGACUAUCUGACCCGGGACUGGUCCAUUCUGGGUCCCCACCAUCUUGAUGAAUUCAAGAGGAUCUGGUCAGAGUACGAUCCAGCUGCCAAGGGCCGCAUCAAGCACCUUGAUGUAGUGACUCUACUACGCCGGAUACAGCCUCCGCUGGGUUUUGGGAAACUCUGCCCCCACCGAGUAGCUUGCAAGAGGCUGGUGGCUAUGAACAUGCCCCUGAACUCAGAUGGAACUGUCACCUUCAAUGCCACUCUCUUUGCCUUGGUGCGGACAUCCCUCAAGAUCAAAACAGAAGGAGACCUGGAUGUGGCAAAUAAGGAGCUUCGUGCUGUAAUCAAAAAGAUCUGGAAGCGGACCAAGCCCAAAAUCCUGGAUGAAGUUAUCCCUCCACCAGAAGAGGAGGAGGUCACUGUUGGAAAGUUCUAUGCCACAUUCCUGAUCCAGGAUUACUUCCGUAAAUUCCGUAAGCGGAAGGAGAAAGGAAUGCUUGGUCCAGAUGGGUCCCCAAGCAACUCUACUGCCUUGCAGGCUGGGUUGAAAAGUUUGCAAGAUCUGGGGCCUGAGAUCCGCCGGGCCAUGUCCUGUGACCUGGAAGAAGAGGAGGAAGCUGAGGAAACUGUGUGUGAGGAGGAAACCGUGACGUAUAAGAGCUCUGAGGCGUUGUAUGGCAGUGCGCCUGACCACCACGUCACAGCUGCUUCACCAGACGGGGAGAACAAGACUCUGAUGAAUGGCCUUGUGGGCUCCCGGCACCCCUCAAGCGUCAGCCUCUCCCACAUGACUAAUGGACCAACCCACUAUGAGGAGAACGUUGGGGGCAAUGAUGAACCUGCUGAACUGCCCAACAUCCCCACCCGGCGCAGGAUGAGCAGGCGGAGCUCUGAUAGCAGCGGCAUCCCGCCUACAGUGCAUGAAGAAGCCACACACACCGAAGACUACAGGGAGGACACCUCAGUGGAGCAGGGAUACUAUAGCCGGGAAGAGGACUCUGAGAGCCUGGCCUCCCGUGACAGGCAGCCCUGUCUUCACACUCCUCAGCCCCAUCGUCGUCGUUGGGACAACAGCUAUGGCGGCUCUUUGCCCCUCCCCUCCCGGCGCCUCAACAAUGGGAUGGUUAAUGGCAUGCUGGAUGGGAGGCAACCCAAGCGCAGGCGCCUCCUGCCUCCCACACCCACAGGCCGCAAACCAGCCUUCAGCAUCCAGUGCCUGCAGCGUCAAGGCAGCUGUGAUGACAUCCCCAUCCCAGGCACCUACCACCAGAAUGCGCCACCCUGCCGAGCACGUGCACAGGGCUAUGGCAGCUAUGACUCGUGGCACAGUGGCAGCCACUCCUCAACAGCAUCCUCACAGUCGUGGGCCACACCACCUAAACGGGGCCGGUUGCUCUAUGCCCCACUAAUCCUGGUGGAGGAGGAUGGGUUGCCAGGGCACAGCUGGGAGAAGAACAGCAACAGCCUUCCGCCCAUGUCGCGAGCGCGCUGGUACAUGAAUGAGCCUGAGCUGCCCUACCGCUCUUAUGGCCAGCUGCGUGUGCCCGGCCCACUCAAGCACAGCUACAGCGACAAGCCUGGCAGUGCCGACAGCCUGGUGGAGGCGGUGCUCAUCUCUGAGGGUCUAGGCCUUUAUGCACGGGACCCAAAGUUUGUGGCCUUCACCAAGCGGGAGAUUGCUGAUGCCUGCCACAUGACCAUUGAUGAGAUGGAGAGUGCUGCCACAGACCUGCUGAGUCGCAAGGUCCCUGGUAGCGAAAGCAGCGGCCGAGGUAGUGGUGGUCACGCCUUGUACAGCAGCGACGGGGAGCACAGUGGGGCUGGGAGCCUAGGUCCCGUUUACAGCGAUGAGGAGCCCUUCCGCUCCCGUGAGGAAGAGGACUUGGGUGACGAGAUGGCCUGCGUCACUUCUUAUUGACCAGGAAGUGCCCCCUGGCGGGGCACAGGAGUAGAACUGCUGCAGCGAGAUACCUAGCACUCUGCAACCUUUGUAGUCUAAAGGCAUAGGCUUGCCCAAAGCUGUGCUAUGGUGGGAGUGACUGCGGAAAAGGAUGGGAGACAAAAUGCUGCCCUCCCACUGGCUGAUACAAAAGCAGCUGCUAGAAACGUUGUCCUACUACUUUCCUGGUUUAGGCAGUCUGCUCCUUGCUGCCCCUUCUCCAGGCUUUUGACUCCUUCCCAGUGGCCCAGAAAGAGAAAGGGACCUCUGGAUUUCUUCCUCUGAGCAAGGAUUGUGGAUUUUGAAGAGGUUGGGGGGGGCGGGGUUCCAAGGUGAUUAGAC